AUGGCUGUCGAACGGUGGUGCACUGCAGGCGUCUAUGCCUCACAAAAAAGGGACGAUUAUAGCGCUGACGAUGUGGAGCACUACUUCAAUUACAUGGGAAUGCUUGCCACCGAGGGCACGUAUGAUCGUCUCAAUGCAAUGCUUGCUCAGGGCUUGGCGCCUGUGGACCUGCUGCUCUUGAUGGCAGCCAAGGAAAAUGAUGCCCCAAAGGUGGCAGAGCUCAUACGCGCUGGCGCAGAUAUCAACACCAAGGGCACAGAUGGAAAGACGGCAAAGGAUCUUGCCAGUACAGAGUUGGUGCUGGAUUUACUGAAUGAGCCAGAGACUGCCAACACAUUUUGA